AUGUCCUUCCGCGCCAUCACGUUCAACGUGCGCUACGCAAACCCCAGACCCGCCAAGCACGAGGAGCUCUGGAAAGUCCGCUGCCCCAGGCUCUGCACCCAGCUGCGCUUCGCCGUGGCCGGCCACCCAGCCGCCUUCAUCAGCCUCCAGGAGGCGCUGGCCCAGCAGGUCGAGGACGUCCAGGCCGAGAUGGGCACCUCGUGGGCCCACAUCGGGGUCGGCCGCGACGACGGCGUGGCCGCGGGCGAGUUUUCGCCCGUCUUCUACAAGGUGGACGUGUGGGAGUGCGAGCGCGACAGGACGUACUGGCUCAGCCCGACCCCGGAGACGCCAGGCUCCCGGGGCUGGGACGCCGUGCUGCCGCGGAUCGUGACCAUGGGCCAGUUUCGCCACAGGGACACGGGCACGCGGGUCGUCGUCCUGAGCACGCACUUUGACCACGUGGGCAUCAGGGCGAGGGCCGAGAGCGCAAGCCUGAUCCUCAGGCUCACCGAUGCCUGGGUCGGCGAGGUCACCGCACAGGGCCACGCGAAACCCCCCGUGUUCCUGGGCGGGGACUUCAACAGCAAGACGAGCGACCCGGCCUACCAGACCAUGACGGCGCCUGGCACCGGCAUGACCGACAUCGCGACCCUGAUCCCAGAAGGGAGGCGGUACGGGAACGAGCUGACCUACACCUCGUUCGACCAACCGGACCAGGAGCCCAAGCGGAUCGACUUUCUGUUUGUCAAGGAUACUUCGGCUAUCAAGUUCCUCACGUAUGGGGUGCUGGCCAAUCGCUUCGACGAUGGCGUGUUUCUGUCAGACCACAGGGCCACCGUUGCAGACAUGGAGAUUCCCGUCAGAGGGCAGCGCCCCUCGUCCUGA